GGCGGUUGAAUGCGAAAGGCCAAGAGUUUAAAAGUAAUGUUUUUAUAGAUUUAUAGUUGAAAAUUUGCUCCGCCAUAUAAUGAAAUAGUGGGUUUAUGGUUUGCAACAGGAUUUUCAGUUACAUAUACACAGCUUAAUACUCAAAAAUGGAUAUACAUGUUGUGCUUAGAAUAGUAUGGUUAGCUUCAAUACUUAUUACUGUAUUGUGUGAAGAUCCUUUUUCAUGCCCGGCAGGAUGGGAGUUGAAAGCAUUAAACUGCUUCAAAUACUUUAGCGUAAAGCAUUCUUGGGAGAAAUCAACAGAGCUGUGCAAACGAUAUGGUGCGGAGCUUGCAACUAUUAAUUCUGUCGAGGAAAACGAGGCCACGAGGGAAAUUGCUCUUUUCGGUGAAUCUAGAGGGCGAACUGCCAACAUGUACUGGUUGGGGCUAGCAUCUUUAGAUGAUCUUCGGACCAACACUCUAGAAUCAACAUCUGGUGGCUUAGUCUCUCAAUACGCAGGUUUUUGGGCGCUAAGACAACCUAAUCCCAUUGCGGGUGAAUGUGUCGCUGCAACUAAUGCAAACAGCACGCAGUCAUGGCAACUGGAGUCAUGCGAAAAUCUUCUGCCGUUCAUGUGUGGACGGCCUGCUUGUCCUCGAAAUUCGAUCAGAUGCUCCAAUGGUGAAUGUAUUAACCAUGCGUUCAAAUGUGAUGGAAACGAUGACUGUGGUGAUGGUAGUGAUGAACUGGAUUGUCCAAAUGCAUGUCAGUUUCACAUGCAAUCAGGUGGUGAUAUCAUUGAAUCACCUAGUUUCCCACAGAAGUAUCCAGCAUUGAGUAGAUGUAAGUGGACGCUAGAAGGACCACAAGGUACUAAUAUUGUUUUACAAUUCCAAGAGUUUGACACAGAGAAAAAUUUUGAUAUCGUUCAAAUAUUGGUCGGUGGUCGAACUGAAGAUAAGGCUGUAUCUUUGGUGACACUGUCCGGUAAAAACGAUUUGAGCAGCAAACCGUUCAUCACUGCAUCGAACUUCAUGAUCAUCAAGUUUACCACGGAUGGAAGUGUAGAACGAAGAGGAUUUAGGGCAACCUGGAAAACAGAGCUCCAAACAUGCGGUGGAACCUUGCAGGCGUCUACCCAGGGUCAAAUACUGAACAGUCCAGGGUAUCCAAAGAGUUAUCCAGGUGGACUUGAAUGUCUCUAUCUAAUUAAAGCACAACAGGGAAGAGUAAUUUCAUUGGAAAUUCACGAUCUGAAUUUAAAUGACGAUAAGGAUAUUAUUCUUAUUCGCGAUGGGGACAACGCUCAUAGCAAACCAAUAGCGCGUCUAACGGGUGCUACCAUCAACGAUCGAAGCAAGGCUAUUAUUUCUACUAGUAAUAAUUUGUACGUAUUUUUCAAAACAGCAUUAGGUAACUCUAAGAAAGGUUUUAGUAUGAGGUACAUGCAAGGUUGUGCCGCAACUAUAAUUAGUUUGAAUGGUACUGUUAGUUCUCCGUCUUAUAACCUAAGCAAUUAUCCAAACAACCAGGAAUGCUAUUUCAAGAUAAAAAAUCCGAUAGGUGGUCCACUUUCGCUGCGUUUCAAACAUUUCAAUGUGCAUAAAAGCGACGAGGUUCAAAUAUUUGAUGGAUCGUCUACAUCUGGAUUGCGUCUUCAUCCAGGAGACGGGUUUAAAGGAAGCUCUGUUCCAAAAAUAACACUAACGGCCUCAUCAGGAAACAUUCUUAUAAAAUUUAUCACUGACGCAUUACACAGCGAUAAAGGAUGGUUGGUUGAGUUUUCUGCAGAUUGUCCAGAGCUGAAUCCAGGUAUCGGAGCUUUGGCGUCCAGUCGGGACACUGCGUUUGGAACAGAUAUCUCUUUCACGUGUCCAGUUGGUCAGGAAUUUGCCACUGGUAAACAUAAAAUAGUAACUACAUGUCAAAACGGUGGAACUUGGAGUGUCGACUAUAUCCCGAAGUGUCAAGAGGUGUACUGUGGACCAGUUCCUCAAAUUGAUAAUGGUUUUACAAUUGGUUCUACAAAUGUCACAUAUCGCGGUGUUGCAAUGUAUCAAUGCUAUGCCGGUUUUACAUUUGUAUCAAGCAACGUCAUCGAGAAGAUCUCAUGUUUAGCAGAUGGAAACUGGGAGCGUCAACCGUCAUGUCUUGCCUCACAAUGUCCAAUGUUAUCAGAAGUAUUACACGCCAACGUUACUAUUUUAAACGGAGGUGGAAGAAGCUAUGGCACAAUUGUUCAUUAUGAAUGCGAACCAGGUUAUCAGCGCACCGGUCAACCUGUUUUAAUCUGCAUGUCUAAUGGAACCUGGAGCAGUUCUCUUCCUAUGUGCAUUCGCGAGAGAUGCCACAGAUUUCCUGAGAUCGAGAAUGGUUAUUUUGUUGAUCGCACCCGGCAGUAUUAUUUCGGAGACGAAGCCCGUAUACAGUGCUACAAAGGUUAUAGACAAAUUGGAUCCAGCAUCGUAAAAUGUAACGCCAACAAAAACUUUGGAACACUACCAAAGUGCGAAGAUAUUAAUGAAUGUGCUGCAUCGCCUUGUGAUUUUGGAUCUACCGAUUGUGUGAAUACACCCGGAUCAUUCUAUUGUCAGUGCAAAGUCGGAUUUGCGCCAACAACAGAAUGCAGACCAGUCGGUGAUCUGGGACUAGCUACUGGAGGAAUAGCCGACAAUAGUAUAACUGUAUCCUCAACCGAACAUGGAUAUAAUACAACGAUGCUGAGAUUAAAUUCAGCCGGUUGGUGCGGCAAUUCGAUGGAUCCAGGUUCAAACUGGGUGAUGAUUGAUUUAAAAGCUCCAACUAUAAUUAGAGGGUUCCGAACUAUGUCGGUUCAGAGAUUUGAUGGUAGUUUAGCAUAUACGUCUGCUAUUCGUAUUCAGUAUACUAAUGAUAUUACUGAUGCUUUCAAAGAUUAUGCUAAUCCAGACGGAACAGCAGUAGAAUUUAGAAUUCUCGAACCAACACUAUCGAUCCUUAACUUACCAAUCCCUAUUGAAGCACGCUAUAUAACAUUUAGAAUACAAGAUUUCGUGGUUGCUCCCUGCCUAAAGUUGGAGGCAAUGGGAUGUACUCGUGUUGAUUGUAUUGAUAUUAAUGAAUGCGUAACCAAAAACGGUGGCUGUCGCCAAAAAUGUAACAAUUCACCCGGCUCCUACUCAUGUAGUUGUAAUACUGGAUAUGAACUAUUCACGAAAAAUGGCACAGCUGGGUUUUUUAUUGAAAACUCCGAAACAGGCGAACGAGAUGGUGAUGUUUAUCAGCGCAAUAAAACGUGUGUGCCACUAAUGUGUCCUCUUUUAAAAGCACCAGAGAACGGGAAAUUGUUGACCGAUAAGACUAAUCAUCACUUUGGGGAUAUCGUACAAUUUCAGUGCAAUUUCGGAUAUGUUAUGUCUGGAAGUACCACCAUACUUUGCAUGUCGACGGGAGAAUGGAACACUACCGUUCCGGAGUGCAUCUAUGCUAAAUGUGUUUCUUUGCCCGAUGAUAAAAAUGAAGGAUUAUCAGUGGUGCGACAAAACAAAGACAGUGUUCUUGUCCCUUUUCGAGAAAACGUAACACUAACUUGUAAUUCUGUGGGUCGAAAACUCAGAAACUCUGUCUCAGCUGGUUUCAGGCAAUGUGUGUAUGACCCUAAACCUGGUUAUCCUGAUUACUGGUUAUCUGGUUCUACUCCAUCUUGUCCACGUGUUGAUUGCGGAGAACCAAUACCGACACCAGGAGCAGAAUAUGGAAAAAAAAGAGAUACGAGACACCAGAGUUCAUUCUAUUUUGGCUGUCAAAAUACAUUCAAACUAGCAGGACAAAGCUCCAGGAACGAUAAUGUUGUUAGAUGCAUGGAGGACGCUAUCUGGGACUUUGGAGACUUGCGAUGCGAGGGUCCAGUUUGUGAAGACCCUGGUAGACCUGAUGAUGGAUAUCAAAUAACUAAAAGUUAUGAGCACGGAUCAGAAACUUUAUUUGGUUGCUCAAGACCUGGAUAUAUACUAAUAAAUCCUCGACCAAUAACAUGCAUUAGAGAACCGGAAUGUGAGGUUAUUAAGCCUUUGGGACUGUCGUCAGGACGAAUUCCCGACAGUGCCAUCAACGCUACCUCUGAGCGACCUAAUUACGAAGCCAAAAAUAUUCGUCUGAAUUCAGUAACUGGAUGGUGUGGUAGACAAGAAGCGUUCACCUAUGUGAGUGUCGAUUUGGGAGAAAUUAGUCGUAUCAAGGCGAUUCUAGUUAAAGGAGUAGUGACGAAUGAUAUUGUUGGAAGGCCCACAGAAAUUAGGUUUUUCUAUAAGCAAGCAGAUAAUGAAAAUUAUGUAGUAUACUUCCCUAAUUUCAAUUUAACGAUGCGAGAUCCCGGAAACUACGGAGAGUUGGCUAUGAUUACGCUACCAAAACAUGUUCAGGCGCGGUUUGUAAUUCUCGGCAUCGUGAGCUAUAUGGAUAAUGCAUGCCUUAAGUUUGAAUUGAUGGGAUGUUCAGAGCCAACAACAGAACCGAUAUUGGGAUACGAUUAUGGAUACUCACCCUGUGUAGAUAACGAACCGCCAGUGUUCCAAAAUUGCCCACAGCAGCCAAUCAUAGUGAAACGUGAUCCAAAUGGAGCCAUUAUUCCCGUCAAUUUUACAGAACCUGUUGCUAUCGAUAACUCUGGAUCCAUUGCUAGAUUGGAAAUAAGACCACCAAGUUUCAAAACACCGUCAUACCUGUUCCAAGACACAAUCGUUAAAUACGUUGCGUUUGACUACGACGGAAAUGUAGCCAUUUGUGAAAUAAAUAUUACCGUACCUGACAUCACCCCACCUUCCCUAAGUUGUCCACAAAGCUUUGUAAUUGAGUUGCUCGAUAAGCAAGAUAGUUAUCUAGUAAACUUCAACGAAACCUCAAAACGCACAAAAGUCUCGGAUAAUUCUGGUGAUGUAUCCAUAGAGUAUAUUCCGACAAGCGCGAUUAUUCCAAUAGGCGAGUUUCAGAAUGUAACCGUAGUUGCAACUGAUCGAUUCAAUAACAAAGCUACAUGCUAUUUUCAAGUGUCGGUGCAAGCUACACAGUGUGUUGAUUGGGACUUGCAACCUCCUACUCAUGGUGAAAUAAAAUGCAAAUCGGACGAUAAAGGAGUCGAGUGUGUUGCUACAUGUAAACCAGGCUUCCGAUUUACUGACGGGGAUCCCGUAAAGAAAUUUUCAUGCGAAACAAAGCGGCUAUGGAAACCAACAUCGAUAGUUCCAGACUGUGUAUCGGAAAAUACUCAACAGGCUGACUAUCAUGUAACUGCUACAACAAUUUAUAGAGCAAAUGGAGCUGUAUCGGAGUCAUGUUUACCACAGUAUCAAGAAUUGCUUAGCAAGUAUUAUUCAAAUUUGAACAAUAUUUUAUCACAACGUUGCUCGGCAGUAAAUGUUAAUAUGAACGUAUCAUUUAUCAAGUCGAUUCCAAAACUUUUGGAAGAGAACAGGUUACAGAUUGACUUUAUUCUUUCAAUCAUUCCUGCCAUUAAACAACCACAAUUAUACGAUUUAUGCGGCUCAACAUUGCAUCUGAUUUUUGAUCUAAGUGUUCCCUAUGCCAGUGCCGUGAUUGAACCCAUCUCAAAUGUAUCUGCCAUAGGCAAUCAAUGUCCUCCUCUAAGAGCACUGAAAAGUUCAAUAACACGUGGAUUCACGUGCUCUGCCGGUGAAGUACUUAAUAUGGAUACCAAUGAUGUACCCAGAUGUUUACACUGUUCAGCUGGUACAUAUGCUGGGGUGAACCAGAAAACAUGCACUCCUUGCUCUAAAGGGUACUUUCAAAACAGAGAGCGACAGGAGUCAUGUCAAAAAUGCCCCGCUGGAACGUACACCAAAGAGGAUGGAUCAAAGAGUAUAAAUGCUUGUAUACCAGUUUGUGGUUACGGAACCUACUCACCAACUGGGUUGGUUCCGUGCCUAGAGUGUCCUAUCAAUUCCUUCUCCAGUGAGCCUCCUACGGGCGGAUUCAAAGAUUGUCAAGUCUGCCCAAUCAACACGUUUUCAUUCCAACCAGCCACUCAAUCCAUAGAUCAAUGUCGAAAGAAAUGCCUACCUGGCCAAUACUCACCGACAGGACUUGAACCGUGCUCGCCAUGCCCAAAGAAUUUCUAUCAGAACCUGGAAGGUAUGUUGACUUGCAGCGAAUGUCCUACUGGAAUGAAAACAGAUGGAAUCGGCACAAUAGGGCGGGAGGAUUGUAGACCUGUCAUGUGCAACGAAAACUCCUGCCAACAUGGUGGAUUAUGUAUCCCAAUGGGUCAUGAAGUGCAGUGUUUCUGUCCUGCUGGAUUUUCUGGACGAAGGUGUGAGAUAGAUAUAGAUGAGUGCACUUCACAGCCUUGCUACAAUAGAGGUACAUGUCGGGAUUUACCCCAAGGUUACAAAUGUAUUUGUGCUCAAGGUUAUUCCGGAAAUAAUUGUCAAGAAGAAAUGAGUGAUUGCGUCAACAACACAUGUCCUUCACGGGCCAUGUGCAAAGACGAGCCUGGACACAACAACUAUACUUGUUUAUGCCGCAGUGGUUAUACUGGUGAUGAAUGCGAUAUAACAAUAAAUCCAUGCGCGGCAAAUGAUAAUCCGUGUCAAAAUGGUGCAACCUGUGUUGCACUUCAGCAAGGUCGUUUCAAAUGUGAAUGUCCACUCGGUUGGGAAGGUCAGCUAUGUGAAAUUAACACCGAUGACUGCACCGAGUUGCCUUGUCUUUUGGGAGCCAACUGCACUGAUCUGAUCAACGAUUUUAGUUGUUCUUGUCCUCCUGGGUUUACGGGCAAACGAUGUCAAGAGAAAAUCGACUUAUGUCUAUCUGAGCCCUGCAAUCACGGUAUAUGUGUAGACCGAUUCUUUUAUCACGAGUGUGUGUGCUUACCAGGUUGGACUGGAGAAUCUUGUGAUGUCAACAUUAAUGAUUGUAAUAGCGACCCAUGCCAACACAAUAGUGACUGUAUCGAUUUACCUUCUGGUUUUCAAUGCAAUUGUGAACCAGGAUAUACCGGGAAACUGUGUCAGCACUCUAUUGAUGAUUGUUCAAGCGAGCCAUGUCAAAACGGAGCGUCUUGCAGCGAUCAGCUGGAUGGCUUUCGAUGCAAGUGUAAACCAGGAUUUGUCGGUUCACAGUGUGAAACGGAGAUUGACGAGUGUCUCAGUAACCCGUGUAAUCCAACUGGAACCGAAGGUUGCAUCGAUAAAGAUAACACUUUUGUUUGUUUGUGUAGGGAUGGUUUCACUGGAGUUUUAUGUGAAACUGAUAUCGACGAUUGUGACGUAACGCCAUGUUUGAACGGAGGAACCUGUCGAGAUCAUAUUGGAGUAUAUGAAUGCGAAUGUCUACCAGGCUGGAGCGGUUACCAAUGUGAACAACUAGUCGUAACAUGCGAACCGAAACAUCCAUGUAAAAAUGACGCUCGAUGUAUUGAUCUUUUUGAGGAUUUCUUCUGCGUAUGCCCAAGUGGCACAGACGGAAAGCAGUGUGAGACGGCUCCAGAUAGAUGUAUUGGGAAUCCCUGUAUGAAUGGAGGCCAAUGUAAAGACUAUGGAUCUGGAUUGAAUUGUUCUUGCUCUACGGAUUACGAGGGGAUUGGUUGUCAGUACGAAUACGAUGCGUGCGAAGCGAAGGUUUGCAAAAAUGGUGCAACAUGCAUAGAUAAUGGGACAGGUUACAAAUGUGUAUGUCCAGCUGGUUUCACGGGUGAACACUGCGAUCAAGACAUUGUUGAUUGUAGAAACAAUUCGUGUCCACUAGGGGCAACAUGUAUUGAUCUUACAGAAGGAUUCCACUGUAAGUGUCCAUUUAAUUUGACUGGAGAAGACUGCCGAAAAAGUGUUCAAGUGGAUUAUGAUUUGUACUUUAGUGAUCCUACGCGAUCCUCGGCAGCACAAGUUGUGCCAUUCUAUACUGAGUCUCCAAAUAGCUUCACACUUGCUCUGUGGGUACAGUUUGCUCAAAAGGAUGAUACAGGAAUAUUUGCAACACUUUACGCUGUUAAUUCCCUACAUGGCCUUAUGGAUAGACGCGUUAUUAUACAAGCCCAUUCAAGUGGUAUUCAAGUGUCAUUGUUCCCAGAUGUACCAGAUGCAUUCUUAGCAUUUAGAGAAUACACCACCAUAAACGAUGGCCAAUGGCAUCAUGUAGCAGUUGUGUGGGAUGGUACAUUUGGUCAGUUGCAACUAAUCACAGAAGGAUUAAUCGCAGGUCGAGCCGAAUACGGCGCCGGAAGGACUUUUCCCGCAUACGCUUGGGCCGUGCUUGGGAGUCCGGCAGCAAGAGCAAAUAUCAGUAACGCUGAUAUUUACAAUGAUGUUGGUUUCCAAGGUAGCAUAACAAAAGUACAAAUGUGGAGCAGAGCACUGGAUGUUACAUCAGAAAUUCAGAAACAAGUCAGAGAUUGCAGAAGUGAACCUGUCCUGUAUCGAAAUCUUAUACUAAAUUGGGCUGGAUACGAGGACAGCACUGGUGGAGUAGAACGUUCAGUCCCUUCUGCAUGUGGCAAAAAAAAAUGCAUAUCUGUGUACUCGGAAUCUCAAUGCAAACAAUUAGGAGACGACAGAGAAUCACCAAAAGUUGAACAUUGCCCAGACGAUUUGUGGAUCACAGCUAAAAACGGGUCGGCUGUUGUUAACUGGGAUGAGCCUCAUUUCAGCGAUAAUGUGGGUAUCACUAAAAUUAUUGAACGAAACGGAAGACGCUCUGGGCAAAGUUAUUUGUGGGGCACCUAUGAUAUUACUUAUAUAGCUUUCGAUGCUGCUGGAAAUGCUGCCAGUUGUUCCUUCAAAAUUACGUUAACUUCAGAGUUUUGCCCACCAUUAUUAGAUCCUAUUGGAGGAUCACAAAAUUGCAAAGACUGGGGCGCAGGUGGACUAUUCAAAGUGUGUACCAUUUCAUGUAAUCCAGGCAUGAAAUUUUCAGAAACAGUACCAGAGUUCUACACAUGUGGAGUGGAGGGAUACUGGAGACCAACUGAGAAUCACUCAACCACUCUUGUAUAUCCGGCGUGUUCACAAGCCCGAGCAGCCCAACGUAUUAUUCGAAUAGGAAUGUUGUUUCCAUCAGACGUACUCUGUAACGAGGCAGGACAAGGUGUUCUACGACAGAAAGUAAAAAAUGCAGUAAAUUCUUUAAAUAGAGAAUGGAACUUCUGCAGUUACUCCACUGAAGGAUCUCGUGAAUGCAAAGAAUUAAAUAUCAAUGUGAAGUGUGAGCACUACCAUAAUGAUAAUAACAUUAUGAAACGGCAGAUUUCCAAACGAGAUAUUAGCUCAUAUGUCGUUGGCGCUGAAAUACCCAUCAAAAGCGACCCUGUGCUACACUCUUUGAGCGGCGAAAGAUCGGAUAUACGUUCUUUACUAGAGAAGCUAAUUUUGGAGGAUGAUGAGUUUGAUGUUCAAGAUAUACUUCCAAAUACGUUUGCUGAUCCAGCGUCAUUGAUCCUUUCGUCUGACUACACUUGUCCGAUCGGACAGGUGGUUGUAGCUUCCGAUUGUGUACCAUGUGCAGUAGGCAUGUACUUCAAUACGACAAGUAAAACCUGCGUUUCAUGUCCUAAAGGAUCAUAUCAGUCUGAAGUUGGACAACUUCAAUGUAAGAGCUGUCCAAAUAUCGCUGGUCGCUCUGGUGUAACAUCAAUAAAUGGAGCCCGAUCCGCUGCUGAAUGCAAGGAACGAUGUCCAGCUGGAAAGUAUUUGGAUGUAGAAACGGGACUUUGUCAGCCAUGCGGAUAUGGAUUCUAUCAAUCAAAUGAAGGAUCCUUUUUCUGUGAUAUUUGUGGGCUAGGACAAACAACAAGAAUUGAGGAGGCCAGAUCUAAAUCCGAGUGUCGCGAUGAAUGCAAAUCUGGUAUGCAAUUAGGAGUAGACGGUAAAUGUGAAGGCUGUCCUCGUGGAACAUACAGAACUCAGGGCGUGCAUCCGGCAUGUACGACUUGCCCCGCUGGAAGAACAACACCAAGAGUUGGAGCAUCAAGUAUUGAAGAAUGUUCCCUACCGAUUUGCGCACCAGGCACUUACCUCAACGGAACUAUAAAUGUUUGCGUAGAAUGCGGUAAAGGAUUUUAUCAGCCAGAACAGCAGCAAACAUUCUGCAUACAAUGUCCACCAAACCACAGUACAAAGACAAACGCAGCGACUAGUAAAGAGGAAUGUAUGAAUCCUUGUGCAAACGUACAAGCAGACCAGCAGCAUUGUGACCCCAAUGCAUUCUGCAUCCUAAUGCCAGAUUCUUUCGACUUCAAAUGUGAGUGCAGAGCAGGAUUCAAUGGCACGGGAAUGCAAUGUACAGAUGUGUGUGACGCAUUUUGCGAAAAUGCCGGUCAAUGUGUGAAAGACAUAAAGGGCAUUCCAUCCUGUAGAUGUAAAGGAUCCUUUACUGGCGUCAAGUGCACCGAACGAUCCGAGUUUGCUUACAUUGCGGGUGGCAUUGCUGCUACAGUGAUUUUUAUAAUACUGAUCGUAUUGUUAAUUUGGAUGAUCUGUGCUAGAGCGAAUAAACGACGUGAUCCCAAAAAGAUAUUAUCGCCAGCUGCAGAUCAAACUGGAUCACAAAUCAACUUCUACUAUGGAGCCCACACCCCAUAUGCAGAGAGUAUAGCUCCCUCUCACCACAGCACUUAUGCCCACUAUUACGAUGACGAGGAAGAUGGAUGGGAAAUGCCAAAUUUUUACAACGAUAGCUACAUAAAGGAAGGCUUACAUGGUACAACCGGAAAAUUGAACUCAUUAGCACGAUCUAACGCUUCUUUGUACGGCACAAAAGAAGACCUGUAUGACAGAUUGAAAAGACACGCCUAUACAGGUAAAAAAGAAAAAAGCGACAGCGACAGCGAAGGAAACUAGCACACUAUCCAGAGUUUUAAAUUCAUUGAGAAAACACUUAGACAAUGGUUGCCACUAAUUCAAUACUCAAUCAUUCAAUGUAGUAUUCAGGGUAAUAUAAUAUAUAUUGUCAGGUUACAUUAACUAAAACUAUGGUUAAAAAUUCUUUGCAACAAAUACAACGAAUAAAAAUUACCUAAUUGUGAAGACUUGUUCGAACAUUGUAUGAAGGCCCUUUGUUAUGUUUGAGGCACUAUAUUUUAACUGA